CAACACUCAAUCUCACUGCCAAGCUCAAUUUUUUUCGGUUAUUUUACAAAAUACAACAAGCACUCAAACACUCAAACCACCACUCUGGAGGAAGUAAGGAAUAAGAAGAGGAUCUUGUAAAUAUGUUGAUAUCAACAACCCAGAAGAAUGAGAAUGGUGCAUUGACUCAUGAAAUUCAUCAAAAUAAUCAUGAUGAAUUAUCACAAGUUGGUGGUGGUGAUAUUGUAAAUAACAACUCAAAUGUUACAAGUCAAAAUCCACCCUUGUGGAAUAACCCAAUUCUCUACUUGAUUAACAUUCAUAUUCUUGUUUGUUUACAUGCAUUCUCGUGGUGGGCUUUAUCUCAAAGUGUUGAUCAUCCUCUUCGUAAACAUAUCAUUACUCAGCCGUUGUCUUUCAUUCAUAAAACAAUUACAACAAUUCCAGAGACUAUAAUGAUUCCUACUAUUAAUAAUCACAACAUUUCUGUUAUAAUUUCAGAGUAUUUUCCUUCUGAUGAAACUGUAAUUUGUACUUCAUUUCUGGCUGGUCCAUUAUUUGGUUUUGUAAUCAUUCCAAUGAUUGACUAUUUUUACAAUGGAAAGGAGUACGUCUAUAUGAAUCAAGAACAUGAUAAGAAGGAAAUUGACUCACAAACAAGAGACUAUAGUACCCUGUAUAGAAUGGUUCCAAUCAUUUAUACGAUUUCAUUAACUUGUUUGUUUUUCUAUUCUUUGAGUAGAGUUCACUUGUUGACUGCUGAACAAUUUCUCAUGCAUUCAAUUUCAUUGGGUGUUGCUUUGGGUCAAUCAGGAGCAGUUUCUCAUGAUUUACUUCAUAAGAGAACCUUCAUUGAGAAUUUAUGUGCUAGGAUUAUUUUAAUUUUCCAUGGUUAUUUACAUUUCCCUCUGGAACAUGUUUAUUCUCAUCAUAAGAAAGCAGCAACUCCUCAAGAUGCUGCCACUGCAAGAUUUGGAGAAAAUCUUUACAAUUUUGCUGUGAGAUCUUGUAUUGGUGGAUAUAUGAAUGCUUGGCACAUUGAUACUGAGCAUAGAGAAAGAAGGAGAAGAAGAUUUAACACAACACUUCCAAGUUUACUCUUCUCAGAAAUGUUCUGGAGUACUGUUUCAUUGGUAUUGUUUGCCUCGUUUGUAUUUUACAAGUUUGGUACUUUGGGUUUGAGUUCCUACUUGCUUACUGCAUUGAUUGCCAUUAUUCUUAUUGAAUGUGUGAAUUAUAUUGAACAUUAUGGAUUGAAGAGAAAAUUGAGGGAUGAUGGUGAGUAUGAACCAGUGAAUGAAACUCAUAGCUUUGAUGCCUUGUUUAGAAUGAGUAGUUAUGCCUAUUUCAAUAUUGUUUUCCAUGCAGAUCAUCAUUUCUAUGCAACCAGAGAAUAUUACAAAUUGAGAGUUUAUGAGAAAUCUCCAAAACUACCAUUCGGCUAUUCAACCAUGAUUUUAAUCUCUUUCAUUCCACCAUUGUAUUUCAGUCUUAUGAAUCCAAUUGUUUUUGAAUUUUAUAGAGAUAGGGGUGUAGAUUAUGAAAAGUUAUUGAAUCAAGAAUAAUUGUGUAAAGUAUGUAAAUAUUAAAUAACAAUGUAAAUAGAUUGAAAUU